GCUUGUCCCUGCUCCCGUUCUGUCCAGGUCAGGCUGAGGACACGAGCGGUGAAGCGCAAACCAGCUGCAGGAGCCAAGAAAUGGGUGAGGGCGCCUUUGUUUGGGUGUACCUGAGAGGGAGCUUUUCCUAUAAGGAAAAGUAGUUGAGAUUUGUGCCACGUGGCCUUGACCUGGAAGGGCAGGUUUGCAUCUGACAUAGGUCACUUGAAAAGGUGCGAGGAGGAUCAUCUCCAGGCCCAUGAUAUAUCUAUCCCAGAUAACCCCUAGCUCUAUCUGCUGCCGGUGUCAACUCUCCAUAGUGUCCUCAAUCCUGUGUCUGAGGCAGCAGCAGCUGCUGCUAAACUGUCCCUGCCUGCUUGUUGCUGCUUUGCUGCUGGAGGGUGUCACCCUCAGGCACUGCCACAGGGCCUGUCAUCCCUCAGCCACUGCCACAGAGCCUGUGUGUGAUUCUGCCCAGGUCCAGGGCAGAGCCAUCCCCAUCGACUGUGGUGACUCGCAGGAGCUGCAAGGAACUGUGGCUACUGCAGCAUCUCAUCUGUGAGGAAACAACUUCUGGGCCAAAGGUGGGCAAUGAAGAGCCACCAACAAAGCCUCUCAAAGCACUCACCUGCAUGCCAGUGCUGCGCUGAACCCUGUGACUUCUGCUUGUAGCGCUAACUCUGCACAAACAUAUGGUCAGAUUUAGGAAAACAUCUGCCAGAUUCCUUCAGUUCUACCACACUGAAAUUGCAGGAGACUUUGAGCUUUACGUGCUCUCACAGCUCUAGUUUACAGUGAGAGACUAAAUUAACAAAAGGUGCUAGUCAGGAAGUCACCUAGAUACGCUUAGUCAAGCCAGUGCAUACAGGACUGGAAAACUAUACUCUAGGAGUGGGUAGUUACUAACACGAAAGUCAAAACAGAUCCCUGUCCUACCACAGAGCUUUGGUCAUGGCUCAGAAGAAUGUACUGUACAGCCAUCAACCUCCAUAGCCUGCCUAAAGAGAAACAAAAAUUGCCGUGGUAGUGAUGCUGUGCUUCAGGACUGUCCAUUUUGCAUGCCCAGUGAACCACAAACUUGUCAUGCCAAGAAGAGCCCAGAUCUGGGCCAGCCUGAGAUGCUCACUAAAAUCUCCUCCAGGUUCAGAUAAUUUCCUGGCGAGGACUCUUAAACCAAUAUUUUUUUCUUAGUAAAGACUGACAAGUUUCUGGAGCUCUUCUAUAGCCACACUAGUUUCUGGGAAGAAGAGAUAAGCCCUUUCCUAUUUGCCAAACAAUGAUGGCAAACAAAGCAGCAUUCUACAGGAAGCAAAAGGCUUUUUAAAAAAUGUGCUUUAUUGGCUUGGCUCAAGGUUUCCUGCUAGACUGAACAAGCAAAUACAUUUUAUUCAUAUUUCUCUAUAACACAUGUUUCAGUAUAAAGUACAGGCAUUAAGGGGCAGAUACAGAACUGGUUUCAGGGUGACUGGUCUGUUUCUUUCACAGUAAAACAUUUGUGUAGUUAAUAGUGCUGGAGAUACAGCAUGCUAAUAAGCACCCUGAAGGUAUUCUUCCUACCUAGCCUCCAGUCAGGGAAGCAGCUUACAAAAUAUUGAACUCUAUAAACUCUUGGGAUAUAAAACAAUUGGUGGCUGUGACUGCAAUGCACCAUCCCUUUUUCUAGGUCUCAAAACUGUACAAAACAUCAUGAUUCCUGGAAAGAAAUUGUGUCCUUCAACAAACUAGUGAAACUCAGUGAGAAAUGUGCAGGAGGAGGAAAUUGGUGGCUAGAAUAUAGGAACUCAAGAGAUGGUGAGUCAAAUAGACUCUUGUAGGAUCUCUGUCAAAAUACUUGUGAAACUUCACUUUUGGCAACACACGUGUUUAGGCCAAUUCAGAUCUUAAUUCCUCCUAGUCUGUUCAAAAUACUGGCACAAAUAAUCUUUUGCUUCCCUUCAUUUGUCAGGUGCACACACACAACCCAGUUCCUCUGCUCUGGCAGAGCUGGAACCCGUGCUACUUUGGACUGUGACAAACAUCUUAGGCAGCCAUGACAUUCUUUGCCAUUUGAGACCACCUUGUGCCCUCACUGCUCAACAGGUUUUGCUGUAAAAAAUUAGCAGGUUUAGUAGCAGUAGAACCUUAGCUCUGCAAAGGCCAGAAAGAAAAUGUAUGUAGUAGUGGUGUUGCUCCAUCACCCGAAUUAUUUUGAAGAAAUCUUCUUUUCUGACGAGCUCUCCUGUGAGCACUGACAAUCUCAAAUCACAGUUUUGGUGUUGCCAAGCCAUUUUGAGGAGAUACAGGAGAUACGGGAGAUAUUGUGGCUGUCACCACCUUGUCUUUGCUGGGAUGUGAGAACACUUCUCACAAAGUCCUGCCUUCCCUGUCCAGCUAAAAUUAAAUUUCGGAUGAUGGAAGGAGCAUUGCUGCCAAGAACCCAUGAGGGAAGAAGGGACACUGGGCGAGUUACUGCAGGAAAGAAAGUGAUCAGUGAAGAGAGGAAGGUAAAACAGCCAGCCACCACUUCCUUCACAUUCUACCAAGGGAGAGAGUUAGUAUCCUGCCAGCUGAGCAAAGAAAGCAAGCCAAUCUGGAAUCAGACCAAAACUGCAUGAGGAAAGAAAGAAGAGGGUGUUUAAGUGCAUUGCAAGUAAACUGGAAUGAACCAAAGGAACACCUAGUCCAUUAUUUUCAUUUUCUACUUCUAAAUGAGACAAGCUGUAUUUUCCUGUGCUUUCAACUCAUGGUUUGAACCAUGCAGGUGAUUUCUAAGGGAGAUCCAGAAGUCCGGGAGAAAAACCCAUUGAGUCAGGAUGUAACUGAGUUGAAGAAAUUCUUAUGUAAGGUGAUAGCAAUACUUGCAAAACUUAAAUACUGAUUAAUAUAUUUGAAAUUGAAGCUGAACUUUGCAAAAGUGAUGGAAAUAGCAACCUGGAGCACCCUGAGAAGUCUAAAGAAUGACCUUUCAUGCAAAAGAAUAGCUUUGAUGCAAAGACUUUAUUGGGUAUGAGAAGUCAGAGCAGAUUGCUUUCCCAGCCUCUGAUGUCUGAGUGAACUGGCAAUUGGACAGUUUUUUGAGGAAUUUUAUGCUAUGCAAACUUUGAUGAGCCUGGAGUUUCUUAAUGAUGGUGAUCUUCAGGAUGAUUUAUGGAACUGACAAAUAAGCAUCAGAAAGAAAUUAAAAGGAUGACAAAGGAGAAAGAAUUGGGAAGUGAAUGACUAGGAAUGUGGAUUAAAUGAGGCUUUGUCAUAUGUUCCUAGCCUUUUUUUAAACCACAGAAAACAAGAGGAGAAAGGUCAGAUAAUCCUUACUCACAGGAUACAAAAACCCCAUUUCCUCUGAAGGAAAAAUCCUAAGCUCAUUUCUCUGAAACAAUAAGACUCAUUUGUCCCACAUGAAUGGCUGGGAAGGUAGGGGAGAGAAGGGCAUUUCCCAUGUCCAACUGAAAUGUUCCAGCCCUGCUGACGCUGCAGAACUUAACCAAGGAGGAAUUAGCUACAACUAACACAGCCCAUUCACUGGCAGUUUGGAAGCAGCCAUCCAUCAGUGUGGGCUGAAAUACAACUAAGAAUUAAUAAAAACACAUGAAAGACACCUCCAAAUAUCAACGAAGAUUUUUAGGAAGAAUUAGCUAAGGACAUGUCUGUUCACCUGGAUCUAUGUUUUGCAGGAUUAGAUCAAGGAAAGUAUCUCAAAGAUCUUCUUAUAAAUUUGAAGGCUGAAUUUUUUGCUGCAUGCAGCAGUAUAGUAAUGGAAAGAAAACUCAUGGAUGGAAGCCUGGAACUGGUGUUCAUCUACCUUAAACAGGUACCCAAGGAUGUGGCCAACAUUUUUAAUGCCCCCAGUGACAGUGAAGAUUUUCCAGGAUUCCAGGAAGAUGAUGCUUCCAAACAGAGCUUCUUGUCAGAGAACAACUGUGCUAGUUUUGAUUCCCCAGAGUCUGGAAAAGAGGGGCUCCGGUUUCAGUCCAGAUACCUCACUGAAGAGCUGCGGAGGAUUUUCACUGAGGACACUGACUCUGAAACAGAAGCGUUUGAGGGCUUCGCUUCAAACGAGGUGCAUGUGAACAAGAAAGAAGUUCUGGUGCUGGAGUCAGACUUGAGUGAUGAAGAACGUGAUAAUGUGUUGGGUAAUGAGAAAGAAGAGGGGGAAGAGGUGAAGAAGGUUUCCCCCAAGAGAAGAAGCAUUGGCCUUCGUGUUGCUUUACAGUUUCCAACUAGGAAGUCAUCUGAGAAAAAAGUGCCUGAACAGGCUUUAUCUGAUUUACCUCUAAAGGACAAUGAAUCCCUCACACCUCUUUCAAAAGAAAUAAGCCUCAAGGGAUCAGACAAAGUAGAGGGCUCUGCUUCAGAGUCUGAAGAAGACAUUAAAGAAUCACAGGAGGAAAGUUCCAGUGCACUGCUUAAGAGAGCCAUAAAUAUUAAAGAAAAUAAAGCCAUGCUUGCCCAACUGCUGGCAGAACUGAAUUCCAUACCGGACCUGUUCCCAGUGAAAACGCCCGCCUCAACUCCUUCAAAACAGAGGAAAACCCCAAGGAGGACGUUUUCUGAAGGCCAGAUAGCACGUCGAAUGAACCCAACCAGAAAUGCUCGUCCACCAGAAAAAUUUGCCUUGGAAAAAUUUACUGUGUCGGCUGUCAAAUUUGCAGAACACAUCCGUAACUACAGACAACAAAACCUCUUGAAGAGACUCAGUGUGCAGGGGGAUUGUGGAGUGCGCAAAAGAAGGAGAUCAUCUAAAUAUUCGUCUCAUCGUCCGGUAGAAGACAUAACUGAGGAGGACUUGGACAACAUUGCAAUCACUGUUAGAGACAAAAUCUAUGACAAAGUUCUAGGUAGUACUUGCCAUCAGUGUCGACAGAAGACAACCGAUACAAAGACAAUCUGUCGCAACCAGGGCUGUGGAGGAGUAAGGGGGCAGUUCUGUGGACCAUGUCUUCGAAAUCGAUACGGUGAAGAUGUGAAGUCAGCUCUGCUUGAUCCAGCCUGGAUCUGUCCUCCUUGUCGUGGGGUGUGCAACUGCAGCUACUGCCGCCGGCGGGAUGGGCGCUGUGCCACCGGCAUGCUCAUUCACCUGGCCAAGUUCUAUGGCUACAACAAUGUCAAGGAGUACCUGGAAAGUUUACAAAAACAACUGGCAAAUGACAAUUGAGAACACUGAACUCAAGCCGUGCCUGCAACUGGUCAAUAUGUUAACAAUUUGACUUCAGAAGUUUAUUACUAUGUUUUAUAUAAAAUAGAAUUGUAGUGUAUAGCAUAUUCAUUUCUGUAUUGGGAAUUUUUUGAUUGAUAUGGUCUUAUGCAAAAGAUCUCAGGAAAAUGUUUUGGUAGAGAAAUCUACGUGCACAGACCUAUAUGUUAAGUGAAAUGGCACUCUUGAACUUUGAGUGGUUAAUUUUUAAUAGAGCUACACAACCACAUGAUGGAGAGCUUGGUCAAAAUGAGCAAUAUUUUUAUUUAUAUAAUUGUGCAAGUUUGCAGAAAGGAUGUUUAACAGCUACCUUCAAAGCAUCCGGUCUUCAAAGAAACAAAACACCUUUGUCUACCAGCUCAACCAUAAAGAUCCAUUUUUCCAGCUCGGCUUUCUGAACCUGUUCCACCACCUGUAGUUUAUAGAACUUGUCCUUGCAAAGAAGGAAAAGGUACUUUCACCUGAAUGCCAUUAUAUUCCAGCCAAAGCUGAUACAAUCAACUGGUGGGAGGAUUUUUUUUAAAUUUUAUUCCAAAGUGCAAUUAUUCACCAAAACAUGAAAAUAGAAGAGUGUUUAAAAAAAAUAAAUAUCCCAGUAAAAAAAAAGCAAAACAACAAAACUUCUCACCAGCAGUUUUUGUGUAGUACACCUGCUGCCUGAACCAUCUGCCCAGCUGUUGUAACUGGUCUAUAUCAGAGUUCAGGAUUAAUUUCUCUACUUAUUCUUAGCUAUUUUUGUCAUUUGUACAACCAGGCUUUCAAACAAGUUCUUUUAAAUGCAACAUAUUUGUAUUGCAUGUUAAAGUAUGUUAAAAUUUGUGUAAGAUAUACAUUUCAUUUUAUGUAGAGAGAAUAAAGACUGAUCUAAAGAGGAGUA